AUCCGACGAAAGUUAUUUCGGUAUAUUUGGCGAUCGAGUUUUCGAAAUAACGACAGGUUUUCACCGCGAAAACUUGGGACGUUGUCCCGCGGGUGGAAAUAUGCAGCAUUUCCCCGAUUGUUGACAAUGGAAAUUGGAAAUAUGUGGGAAAUUCGCCGAUGUCGGAGUGAAAAAAAAGCGGCAGGUGGGGCGAAUCGGUGUAUGCGUUGUGUCGCAUGCUUACGCUGACUUCGCUAGGGAGGCACGGCGGCGAGCUCAGAUCACACAUCAAAAUGGCCGCAUUUUAGUCUACAGACUGAUUUUCUUUACUGUUUGCCAAACGUGGUAAAAGGGUGCAUAAAGUGUUGGUUCAAGUGACGCGAUCUGUUUCGCUGAAAAUUCCUCCGUCGUCAGAGCAGAAGUUUUUUGUGAAAUAGACGGAAUUUCGGUUUCAAAGAGUGGGUUUUAGUAGGAUGUUGCGACACCAACAUCAUUCAAUGCAAAAUCAGCUCAGAGAUCAGAAUAGGAUGGCAGGACCUAUGCAUCCGAUGCAGCAGCAUCCACACCAGCCGCAGCAUCCACAUCAACAUCGAAAUCCACAUAUAACGCACCCUCAACAACAACUCGGGAUGGCUGCACAUCAACAUCCUCCACACCAAAUACCACACGGUAUCGCUCCUCAGAACAAUCCUCGACAGCCUGUGUUGCUUGGAAUCAACUCGCAACACACUAAUGGUGUAAUGGCUAAUGUUGGAUUAAUCGACCAGAGCAAUACAGUUGCUGGUACUCUUCCCACUCAACUCACCGUUCAGCAAGGACAACAUCAAACAGACCAAUUGUCUCAACAGCAACUGCAUAAUCAACAGAAUGCGGAACAGAAUAUUUCACCCCCGAAUGAAGACAACGGAGAGUCCAGGGACCAGAGUCCAUCCAAUCAGAACCAAAUCAACACAAAUAAUACAAAUUUGGCAAACAUGAAAGAGAAAACUCCGAUGUGUCUCGUCAAUGAACUCGCAAGAUUUAAUAAAAUCCAACACCAGUAUAGAUUAACCAAUGAACAAGGCCCUGCACAUAAAAAGAAGUUUACUGUUACUCUAAAACUUGGUGAUGAAGAAUUUGUUGCCGAAGGUCCAAGCAUUAAAAAAGCACAACAUAGUGCAGCCACAAAAGCACUUGAAGAUACCUGGUACAGACAUCCACCACCAAAACCAGCGAGGGCAAUGAGGAUUUUACAUCCAGGAAAAUGUCCUGCUGCUUCUGCCCAUCUACCACCAACAGUAGAACUGAAUGCUUUAGCAAUGAAGCGUGGCGAACCAACAGUUUACACAUUCAGCCAAGCUCCUCCAGCCCCUCUGCAACAAUUUGUGCCACAUGGAUAUGGAAACUUUCCUCGAAUGCUAACUCCACGUUAUCCAACCUAUAAUCGAGGAUUUCAAUCACAGCAGCAAGGACUCUAUGUUGUCACAUUGAAGGUUGGGGAUCGUGAAUUUCUUGGAAGAGGUGUUACUGGACAGGCUGCACGCCACGAUGCAGCUAGCCGAGCUUUGGAACAACUGCGCCAGCUACCUUUGCCUGAAGAAAUAAUAAAUACUUGUGCUGCAAACGACAAUGGAACAUUAAGUGGAAUAGAUGAUCCUAACGCGGAAUUGAAAAGCCCUGUUUCGCUCGUUCAUGAGACUGCAUUGAAACGAGGCCUUUCGGUAAACUUCGAAGUUGUAUCGGAACGAGGCAAGCCGCAUAUUCGAAUUUUUGUUACCAAAUGUACAGUUGGGGAUAGAACCACAACUGGAGAGGGGUCUUCAAAGAAGGUAUCAAAAAAACGUGCAGCGGAGUUGAUGCUAGAAGAGUUAAAACGCCUCCCUCCUAUUCCUAUUACAAUUCAAACUCCCUCUGUACAGCGUAUGAAGCGAAAACCUCCAGCAACUAAAAAAAAGUCACGAAAUCUCAUAAAAGUUUAUCAAGAACCUCGCACUGAGCCUGAGGCGGCUGAGGAAGUGAAUCCUAUUUCUCGUCUCAUCCAAAUUCAACAAGCAAAACGUGAGAGAGAACCAGUUUAUACACUUGUAGAUGAAAAGGGUGCUCCACGACGUAGAGAGUUCAUCAUGGAAGUUACCGUCGGAUCAAACUCUGCGCAAGGAGUUGGGCCCAAUAAGAAAUUAGCUAAACGAGCUGCCGCCGAAGCACUACUGAUGCAAUUGGGAUAUAGUAAACCGCAGCCUCAACCAGUUAAGCCUUCAAUCAAGACAGGGGAUAAUGAAAAUUCUGAGGGAAAACCAAGAAAGGUUACGUUCUUAGAAGAAGAUCAGGUCAACGAAAUUCCGAAUCAUUCUAUUGGCGGUACGACUGGACGACAACUAGUUCCUGGGCUUCUGUUAGUAGAUGGAGGCCAGGAAUCGAAACUCGGCGGAGGACCCAGUGUUCAAUCUGUAGCUGAGGAAUUACGUGGCCAGCAACAGCAACAGACACCUGUUGUUUCCCCCAAAGAUCAGCUGAGGUAUUUGGCUCAGCUACUAAGCUUUGACAUACAGUUCAGCGACUUUCCAAAGGGCAACCAUAACGAAUUCCUUUCUCUUGUCUCGCUGAGCACUGAUCCACCCCAGGUAUGUCAUGGAGCCGGACCAACGACAGAUGCAAGUCGGGAUCAAGCUGCGCUCACAGCUCUGCGCACCCUCAGCAAACUUGGCUUGGACAAUGUAACAAACCCGCAAAACAAGAAAGAUAAGGGAGCCUCAGGGGAUGGCUUACACAUUAGUAAUCAAGUUAAAAACAACAUUCUAAAUGGAGCCAUCAAUAAGUAAAUGAAAACGGGCUUUGGAUAACUUUCAAUUCAAUUAUAAUUUGAAUGGUGUUUUUUAUAUUUUGCUAAGUACUUUUUAUUGGCAUGUGAUUGUCGUGCUGAAAGUAUUUCGGAAAUAAGCUUGUCCUAGUAUUGAAAGCGAAUAAUGAAAAUUGCUACUAUGCAAACACUACAGAUUAAUUUGAUAUAAAUUAUAAGUAUGAGCAGAACAAAGUAAUGAAAUUUUCUUAUUAUUCAUUGAAUGCUGUAGUGAUGUUUACAAUCCCCAAAAUUAAUGGAUUUUGAUAUCUGAGAUAAAAUGCGGCCAUCUCUAACUAUCUUCUGACGCUACAGAUCAAUUGCCAUGAAUGUAAACUAUAUCUAAUUACCUAACACAGAUACAUGAAUUAAAUAUAAAUCAAUAGUUUCUUUUUUCGAUUCAUUUCAAUCCAAUGCUUAAAUAGAUUCUUAUACAAAACAUGAAUAUUUAUUAUUCCAAUUUUUUUAUAAAUCAAAAUCUCAUAACAAUAUUCGUCAAUAAAUAAUACGGUAUCAAGUAUCCUGUAAAUAAAAUCAGCCAAUAUUGUUAGAUGAUUCUGAUAGCAGAUCUGUCAAAUUGCGUUACGUGAAAAAAAGAACCAUUUGAAAAUUGAACUCGCGGAAAAUAAAAAGGAGAAACGGAAAAAGAUAGGUAAUUUGAUGUACACUAUUCUAUGCUCCAAUGUGCUUUUAAAACAGGGCCUAGAAGCACUCUGAGGUUAUAUUCAUGUUAAUAUCUAAUGGAAUAAGAGAUAAGAAAAAAAUGUAUCAAAGCUUUCAUGAAUAACUUGUAAACUGUAAAUCGCUACUUUGUACAAGAUGUUGAAUUGGAAGUUUUGAUAGACAUAAAAAGAGGUAAGAUUUCAAAUUCGUCUCGUCUUGUCUUGUAAUUAUUCUCAACAAUUCUAAUUUAAUUCUGCUAAGAAUAAUUUUCAUACGACGUAGCGAAUUUUGAAAUAUUACUGUGACUAAUAAAUAUUUAAAAAAGAUUUAAAAAAACCUUGAAAAAAUAUAAUAAUGGAUGUAGGCAAUUUGGAGCUCAGUACAGGAUUGAGGCAAAAUAAAAUUAGGUUGCACAUUUAUUUUCCUUUAAUUUAGUUUUAAAAUGUAACUGAUGUUUUGAUUUUCAAUUUUAUUUUCAUAGACAUGCGUGAAGUUCUGUGCUGAAACUCCCAAGCAACGUUAUCUUAUAUUCAUUAUUCAUAUUGCAUACUCUACAAUAUUAAUUAAAAUUUCAAACUAUGAAAGAUCGUUAAUUUUUAAUUAAUAUACCAAGUUUUUUUCACGCUAAGCAAGCGUAUGAGAUGUUUGAAACAUUGUAAGUUACUCUGAGUGAAUUGAUUUCAUAUUCACACGUUUUUUUUCCAUUAUCAUUGUUUUUUUACAACAUAUAAUUACCAUUUUGUCAAGUUGUUUAUAGAUUACUUCACAAGUUGAUAAAUGUUCAUUUUCCCAGAUAUCGCAUUGUAGUUUCACAUGGGUGUAUGUGUGAACGGGGUUCUUAAUUCUUUUUCAUGAAACUCAGCUAGAAAUUGUAUAUAACAGAAUAUCAAAUGAAUUUGAUGUAUCAAUUAAUGGAAAAUAUUAGAGAUAAAAAAAUUUGAAGGGUCUUGAAACUUAACGAAAGCUUAGAAUUUAUUUUACAAUGGGACCUUCCACCCCCUGGAUUACUGAUUUGACCGAAAUAUGAUAUGAUGGUAUUAGUCAACCGCAAGUGCACAACAGUUGAAUACUAGUAGUAAUUUCUGGGAUGAGUUUCUCCCC